AUGGCGAGUCUUAAAAAAUUAGGGAACAUCAAACUGGAACAAUCGGUAUUCUUCCUAUGUGACAUGCAAGAGAGAUUUCGCCCUGCAAUCAAAUCUUUUACUGAAAUCACAGAAGUAGCAAAGCGACUGAUUGAAGGAAGUAAAAUAUUAAAUAUACCAUUAAUUGUGACAGAACAGGCAAGAUUCUUGUAUCCCAAAGGUCUGGGUAACACCGUCUCCGAGUUAGAUGUCAGCCAUGCCACGAAAAUUAUUCCUAAAACAAAAUUUAGUAUGGUAUUACCGGAAGUUGAAGAUACACUUUUGACUCUGUGCAAUGGUUGUACAAAACACGUGGUUUUAUUUGGGAUUGAGACUCAUGUAUGUAUCCAACAGACAGUGAUAGAUCUGCUGGCUAAAGAUUAUGAAGUACAUGUUAUUGCUGAUGCCUGUUCUUCUAGGAGUCAAAUGGAUAGAAUGUUUGCCUUAGAGAGAUUUCGGCACAUGGGAGCUACUGUAACAACAAGCGAAGCUAUUUUAUUACAGCUCGUAGGUGAUAAAGAUCAUGCUAAUUUCAAAGCUAUACAAGCUAUUAUUAAAACGAGUGCCCCAGAAUCAGGUUUAGUGGCACAGUUAUAG